CGUUAUUAUUUUACUGUUACAUUGUCACAAUGGCGCGUAUGAAUAGACCGGCCCCUGUGGAGAUCACCUACAAAAACAUGAGGUUCCUCAUUACCCAUAAUCCCACCAACGCCACCCUGAACAAGUUCAUUGAGGAGCUGAAGAAGUAUGGCGUCACCACCGUUGUGAGGGUUUGUGAGGCCACCUAUGAUGCCACCCUGGUGGUUAAAGAAGGAAUUCAGGUUUUGGAUUGGCCCUUCGAUGACGGUGCUCCUCCCUCCAACCAGAUUGUGGAUGAUUGGCUGAACCUGUUGAAGCUGAAGUUCAGGGAGGAGCCCGGCUGCUGCGUUGCUGUCCACUGUGUGGCAGGACUGGGGAGGGCUCCUGUCCUGGUCGCUCUCGCUUUGAUUGAAUGUGGGAUGAAAUACGAAGAUGCUGUCCAGUUCAUUCGACAGAAGCGUAGAGGAGCUUUCAACAGCAAGCAGCUGUUCUACCUGGAGAAAUAUCGUCCAAAGAUGCGCCUGCGCUUCAAAGAUUCCAACGGCCAUCGCAAUAACUGCUGCAUUCAGUAGAGCCAAACCCUGAGCCGCACCAACCCGCCACACAUCAGUUCAGCUUGUUGCCUGGCAAUCUUGUUUUCUCAUUGUGUUGAAGUAUUUUAUUUGGAAACCUUGCUCAGUUACUCAACUGUUCCCUCCUUCAGGUUCAAGAUCUAGUGUCAAAAAAGAAAAAUGAGUUGUGUAAAACAGAAUCACAAUGUUUCUUCAUGUGCCCAAAAAAGUGACCGGGCAGUGCUGAGUUGUGUAUUGUAAGAUGUUGGAUUCAUUUUCUUUUUCUGCAAACACAUCCCAAAGAUUUCGAUUGGCCGGAGCAUUUACGUUGCCUGAGAAUUUAAAAUUAAAACAAAAACACUUACCUGAACAAUUAUUGUAUGUUCCCUCGUUUAGGUUUCUGACCAGAGUAGACUGACUAGAAAGAGGUUUGCCUUCCUUCAAAUCAGAUGGUUCAUCCAUAAAUGCCUUACAAUCGAAGUGGAACAAAGGCAAUCGAGGUGGGAGUUGAAUCCCUGUGGCAUUUGGAAAGGUUCCAUUUUUCUACUCGGAACAAAAACUAAAUAGUUGCCUUUGUCUUGUGCAGGAAGUCUUACACUUAUGUCCUUUUCAAUAAUGAUUUUGUUUAAUAUUAAAAGCUUGAUUGUUGCAACAUUUGUCAAAGUCUAGGAUUUUUUUUUUCUUCACCCUAUCAAAGCCUCUGUUUACUAAUAACUGCCACGUCCAAAAUGUGAUUUUAAUUUUUAUUUAGUUUCACUUUUUGUCGUUUGCUUCAAACUGGACUUCCAACGUCUGCGACCUUUUGUAAGCCUUUUUAUUUGAUGUCCAUAACUUAAGACUUGGAUACUUGAUGAUUUUAUGUAUUUGAAAAUGUGUACUACUAUUAUUAGGUUGGCUAUUUAUACUGUCAAUGGAUGUGUGAUUUAGUACCGUGAGUGACAAAGUUGUACCUGUUCACCAACUUGUGCGAGUACAUUAAAGGAUACACUGAAAAACAA